AUGGUCAACAACAUCAUGCCAACUGAAUUCGCGACCCUUGUGCAGGAACCUGAAGGAGGCACUCAUGCCCCAGAGGGGGCGCCACAACGCCAGCCCCAGGUGAUGGAAACCACUAUUCGCCCACCGGUACAGAGACUGGCAAGGGCCAUCAAUCGAAUUUUCCCCCAAGCCCAGGACAUCGUCGUUCAGGGAAUUUCGGAACAGCUUGGCUACCAGUUCAUCCCGACUGAGGAGGAGACUCAAAUGCUGAGGCAGUUCCUUACGGAGUGGCUCCAAGAAAACAUCUUGGCCCGGCAGAGCCACAAAUCUGCGGGCGCCGUGGCGGAUGCUUCCGGCGGCGGCGAUGUAAUCCCACCCCACCCAUAG